AUGGACGCACAGCUAAGCAUUGAAACGUUACUGACCGCCGCUAGACUACUCGAUGGAGGAGCAACCAAAGUCAACUCACUUAUUCAACCAUCCUUAACCACUUUACAUGGGAGUUCAUCUGGGAACUGUCCAAUCUUCCUCUGGCUAUCACAAUUUCGAAGAUUUCUUCUUUCAGAUGCUGUACAACUCGAACUCAGGGAUGUAUUCUCGAGGAAAGUACGUGUGGAUCGUAAAUUAUGUUCGGCCUCAACCAGUGCCCAACCUUACUGUAUUCCCUCACCACCACGAAAAAACUCGACCAAGCACAGUCGAGCAGCUCAUAAUGAGCUGGAGAAGACACGUCGAGCAAAUCUACGUGGAUGUUUGGAGACGUUGAAAACGUUGGUCCCACCAAUUGCUGAUGCAUCUCGUAACACUACGUUGGCAUUGCUGACGCGGGCCCGUGACCACAUCAAGCAACUUGAACAAGGAAAUGCUGCCCUGAUCAAGGAACGUGAACGAUUGGAAGAGCAAAAGACGUUACUACAAAAUGAAUUGGAACGUCUUAAAGAAGGCACAUCCCAGUCCACGUCACCUCGUCCAGCAUCUACCAUUUCACGUUUAUCCCGUGAUUCACCUGUAUUUCUUGAAUAUUCUCCUUCUACUAAACCCGUUCAUUCACCUCAACCUUUGAUCAUUGAUCCAGUUGCUGAAGGUUUACUUCCUGCAUUGCCGAUUUGUUAUCCGCGGCCCUCGCUUUAUCCCUACCUCGAUCUCACAACUACUUCUCUGCCGCGUACCUCGACAUUCGAGGUGUCAUCAUUCUUGCCGAUUCAUCUUCGUGUAUGA